AACAGAACUGUCAGCUGUCAAAGUUUGUUAUCAAAUCCUCUCCAGGCGGAACAUAUGUAAAAAAUUUCAGAUAAGCUAGAAAAUUCUAGGCCAACUAAAAACAGAUUGAGAAGUUCAGAGCCCUUUCCGGCGGUUCCUCAAUAUAAAGAUAUGUUUCUGUGAUGUGACAAAUACCGCCGUCUGCCUGUCUGAGUUUCCUCGGCCGCGAUGUUUUAUGCUGCGCUUUUGGCAUUCAUCCGGCGGCGAUUGGUUCUGGGAUUGAUUUUCAUAUUUUCGCUUACAUAUUUUCUCGUUAAUUUAUUAGGCAAUGGUGGACCGCUCUCACUCGAUUCCGACGAAUUCGAAGUGCGUCGCGAGCACCCCAUGAUCUGGCGAACUUUGCAAGAGAAUAACCGGACCAAUGACCUGAGUUCCACUUGUCGCAAUUCAGUGCAGGGAAAAGUGCUGAUCGUUGAUGACCAAGGAUAUGUCUGCCAGCGCGCCGACCUCCUCUGGACUGGCUGUUGCAACGUCGAGGCUGAUCAGACGAAACACUACUCCUGCGAGACUUGCAAUCAGGCAAACUGCUGUGCAAUUUACGAGAACUGUGUGUCCUGCUGCCUGCAUCCCCACAAGCGGGAGCUUCUUGAGAAGGUACUGUCGAAGGCGUCGGGACGCCAGUCGGCUUUAUUUGCCUCCGUCAAAGAUCACUUUGAACUGUGCUUGGUCAAGUGUCGGACAAACUCGCACUCGGUGCAACACGAGAACAAGUACAGAGACCCGAAAACCAAGCAUUGUUACGGGGAGACGGAGGCGCAUGAAUCUCAGAAGGAGGUCGCGGGGAACUCGGUGCUGUAGCGAAAGUAUUGUGGAGAAUUUCAAGGGCUCGGGGUUAACGGGUUGCGGGUUUUAGAAAUUUACGUUUAUGUGCAUCCACCUCGUUCUGAGGCUAAUCUAAUUCAAGGGUAGUUCUGAGUCCAGCUCCAUUCUAUGUUGAAGCGUCCCAGCAGAAUAGUUGCAGCCCAAGACUUCCUGAAAUGCAUAUAAAAACCAAAUUUAAAACUGUUCAAAUUAUAUCUGAUUGCAUCUGGGGAUGCAGUUGCCUCUGGCCAUAAACCUCCGAUUCUGUCGGUGGACUUUCACCGUCAAUUUGAGAAUAAUCCGACUAACCGCCAGAACGUCGUACUUUUCUGUAUGCCCGCCUUCGAUCUACCUCUUCAAUUAGAUUCGCCUCCAGAUUUUCUAUUUCCUUGUUAUCUUCUAAGGAGUUGACAUGUCAUAGAUAAAGUUGCUUUGUGACCAAAAUUGUGUAAUAUCAUUACGAAAAUUAGUGUAAGAAGAAUUUUAAUUUAGAGUAGGUUCUAAGCCUCAUGGCAGGAAUAUCAAGUGUACAUACAUUAAUUAAUAAAUCUUAUGACAGGGAUCAA